AUGGAGGUUGCCGCGCCAGGGGCGCCAAAUGGCGUCUCAACGCCUGAUACGGCAGCACUGGUAGACUCUGGUGCUGUGGUCCAGUACCUGACAGACGUGCUCCAGGUGACACUGGGUGCUCUGAAAUCCGAGCUGGAAAGCGCUGGGAGCUUGCUAUCCUCGGCAAGGUACAACGACACAGUACAGAGGUGCACGCGUUUUGCCUCAGAGUCGCAGGUUGCGCUUUAUGUGCAAAAGGAUAUCGUGGCCGCAGAGGAGACAAACGACGAGACCGAAGACACUGAAUCAGUGAUGCAGUAUGUCUAUACUCUGUCCUCCGAGAUCUCCUCCGCCUCCACCACCGUCUCGUCCGUUGCUUUCAUCAAACGCCCUGCCCCUAUCGAUCCUAGUCUGCCGAUCGCCACUCAAGUCCAAGUGAUGAACCUUCCUGGUAUCGCUUCCCUUAGCAAUUCUCAGUCACAGCAAGGAACAUCAUUGUCGCCUUUCCAAAUUAUCCACCUUAUGCUCCACCAUGGUCUCAGUCCCUACUUCGAAGCCAACACCCGCAGUCAAGAUCCCGUCUCCGGCACAAAACCGAGAACAGAUACGGAGGCCAAAACUGGUAUCCCGGGAACGAAGAAGAAGUUUGCCGAGCUGGAGCUUGCCUUUAUGCAUCUUCAACAGAAUGUGGAGAUUCCGGCUUUAAACCUGCCACUCCACGAGGUGGUCCAUGCUGCGCUGAAGGAAGCCGAAACAAAGGGCAUCCGGCCCUCCGUGGAGCUCAUCCCGUCUACGGUGCUAGAUAAUAGUGCUUUCACAAAUAGCAUUCAAAACACCGUGAAUGGGUGGAUCAGAUCGAUUCAGACAAUCACUAAGAUGUCGCGGGACCCAGAAGGUGAGUCAGCGUCACCAGAGGUUAACUUCUGGUUGUCAAUGGAGUCUGCCCUAGAAGGAAUUGAGGGUCAGCUGCAAAGCGAUGGUGUAAAGUUGACUAUGGAAAUUCUCCGCCAUGCCAAGCGAUACCAACCUACCCUGAGUUUCCAGGCAGAUACUGGGCUGAAAGAUGCCACGGAGUUGGUCCAGAAGUAUAACCAGCUGAUGCGCGACUUUCCCUUGGAUGAGUUGCUCUCCGCAACUUCUUUGCAGAAAGCUCAGGAGUCACUUGGUCUGAUUUUCAAUCACUUGAACAAAAAGCUGAAGAUCUGCCCUUAUCCGAUUAAGCGUGCUCUUUCCCUCGUUGAAGCAAUUUCAGGCGACUUGGACAAGAAGAUUCAUGAUUUGAUCAAUGGCCGUGAGAUUUUGCACCUCGAUUAUCGCGAAUUCCGAUCGUUGAUGAAGGUUACCCAAGCAAUCUGGCGUACUUGGGACGAAAACCUGAAGGAAUUCACCAAUGUGGCGCGAGAGUCAACUAGGCGCCGCAAUGAAAAGUUUAUUCCGAUCAAGAUUAAUGCCAGGAUCGAUAAUGUUCGCGAACGACUGAAGUACAUUGAUACUUUCCGUGUCAACCACGAGCAGCUUCAGAAGACUAUCAUCAAUGUUCUCGGACCCAAGUCCUCGCCUGCCGAGACGGGUGCAGUGGACGCUGAUGGUGCUGUUAUUGUAGAGGAAAUCGGUGAUGUCGAUGCUGUCGAGGAGGUCACACAUGCCUACGCUGCUCUCAAGAAUAUCGAUGUGUUGGAUGUUUCCCCCGAGGGAGCUCGGACUUGGGAGAAUGCAGAGAUUGGCUACAGCGAGCGUACAUCUCGCGUCGAAAACUCCAUUAUCGCUCGCCUUCGCGAUCGUCUUGCCACUGCUAAGAAUGCCAAUGAGAUGUUCCGUGUCUUCUCGAAGUUCAACGCUCUGUUGGUUCGACCCAAAAUUCGUGGUGCCAUCGGCGAGUAUCAGACACAACUCAUCGACAAUGUCAAACGCGACAUCUCUUCCCUCCAUGAACGAUUCAAGCAGCAGUACGGUCACUCUGAGGCCCAUGCUAUGGCACAAUUGCGUGACCUGCCACCCGUCUCUGGAGCUAUCAUCUGGGCUCGGCAGAUUGAACGCCAGCUAGAUGGCUACAUGCGAAAGGUGGAAAAUGUUCUUGGAGAAGACUGGCACUUACACGCCGAGGGUGAGAAAUUGCAGUCCGAAAGCAAUCUCUUCCGCAAGAAGCUGGAUACACGCCCGGUGUUUGAGUCAUGGCUCUAUGAUGUGCAGAGACGGCAUAUCACAAUCUCUGGCCGACUCUUCAAUAUCGUCCGCAAUCGUGCCGCAGGAAAUUCCCUAGAGCUCACGGUAAACUUUGAUGCUCAGAUCAUUGCGCUAUUCAAGGAAGUCCGUAAUCUCAUUUGGCUGAACUUCCAGGUUCCUCAUGCUGUGAGCAACAUCUCCAAAGAAGCGAAGCGUGUCUAUCCAUAUGCGAUCAGUUUGAUGGAAAGCGUAAGAACCCUCCUACAGACCAAUCGUACCAUUGCUUCUAUGUCCGAUGUUGCUAUUCUACUGAAUGGCUACGUGAAUGAUUCGCAAGCCAUGGUCAGCAAGGGUAUUCCACUUCGAUGGGAGUCAUUUGUUCAUUCCUAUGAGCUCCAUGUCAAGCAAUCAGCUUUAGCCAAUGGAGCUAUUGAUCCCUCCAAGCCUAGGAGUACAGAAAGCAAGCACGUUCAGUUCGUGCGUGAAUUUGCUGGCUCAGCGUCUGUUCUCCAGACUAAGACCGCUGUUCUCUCUUCCAUCAACGAGAACGUUCAGAAAUCCAUUCAUGAACUGAAGACCUGCUCUUACAAUGCCUCGUCAUUUAAGCAGCGUCUAGACGUCAUCCAGACCGCUGUGGAUAAGCUUAACCUCGAGAACUACGUUAAUCUUGGCUACUGGGUUUCGGAGCUCAAUGGUAAAAUCGAAGCUAUUUUACGAGAGCGGCUUCUUCGCGCCGUCCGCGAAUGGAUCUCCACUUUCCAAGAGUCUCGCAAUGGAAGCACAUCUAUUCAGACUAAUGGUGAAGUAGAGUCCACUGCCACCCGCAUUCAAUUCUCUGAGCUAUUCCAUGAAAUUUCUAUGAAGAACCAAGUUCUUCAUCUUGAUCCGCCUCUGCAAUUCGCCCGUGCUAGCUGGUUCUCGCACUUUGACUCGUGGCUCGGCGUGAUCUGCAAUCUUGAGAAGAUCAAAGCCACUCGCUACCAAAUCUCAAUCGAUGUGCAGAGCGUGCGUCAGUCAGAAGCUUGCUUUGCCGAGCUCCCCCAGCACUGCACCACUGAGCUCAACCAAGUAUACGGCGCGGUGGAGUCUCGACUCAAGGAUGUAUCAGAGUAUGUUGACAAGUGGUUGCAAUUCCAAUCACUGUGGGAUCUGCAGUCUGAGCAGGUGUACGACAUUCUCGGAGACGAUCUCUCCCAAUGGCUACAGCUGCUUCAAGAGAUCAGGAAGAGUCGCGCCACUUUCGAUACUUCGGAAGUCAGCCGAUCAUUUGGCAACAUCAGAAUCGACUAUGAGCAAGUGCAAACAAAGGUCAACGCCAAGUAUGACCAGUGGCAACAUGAGAUCUUGCAGAAGUUUGGUGCUAAGCUUGGCGGUCGCAUGCGUGAGGUCCACUCUGAAAUCGCCGCCGCACGUCGUGACUUGGAGGGACAAACCUUAGAGGCUUCCUCCACGGCCCAUGCUGUCUCUUUCAUCACCAUUGUUCAGCAGUGCAAGCGCAAGACUCGCGUAUGGGAGCCGGAAGUCGAUAUGUUCCGUCAAGGUCAAACCACGCUCUCUCGCCAGCGGUACCAAUUCCCGAAUGACUGGCUCCAUGUGGAGAAUGUUGAUGGUGAAUGGGCCGCUCUUAAUGAGCUACUUACCCGGAAGAGCAAAAUUGUUCACGACCAGACUGAGGGUCUUCGUGCGAAGAUUACCGCCGAAGAUCGUGUCAUUAGCGACAAGAUUGCCGAAGUCAUUUCCCAAUGGAACGAUGAGAAGCCAGUCUCGGGUACUACUCCUCCUGAAGAGGCUUCUCGCACCUUGAGCUCCUUCCAGUCGCGGCUUGAGUCACUUCAAUCUGAAUUUGAGAUGGUGUCUAAAGCGAAGGAAGCUCUUGAUCUUCCUGUGAGCUCUGAGUCAUCGCUCCCUGCAAUUCUUGAGGAGGUCCAGGACUUCAUGUCCGUCUGGGCAGCCUUGUCUACAAUCUGGAAGAGUCUGAAUGAUCUCCGCGACGGACUGUGGACCAGCGUUCAGCCCCGAAAGCUCCGCCAGGCUCUUGACGGAUUAAUCAAGAUGACCAAGGAGAUGCCCAGCCGAAUGAGACAAUACGCUGCAUUUGAACACAUCCAAAAUGUUCUCCGACAGUUUCUCAAAGUCAACUCGCUGCUUUCGGAUAUGAAGUCCGAGGCAGUCAAGGAGAGACACUGGCAAAAGAUCUACAAGUCCCUGAAGCCCGGAAAGCGAUUCUCCCUUGUGUCCCUCACGCUUGGUGAUGUCUGGGACCUGCAGCUUGCUACAAGCGAGACAAUUAUUCGCGAUGUCAUCGCACAGGCCCAAGGCGAGAUGGCUCUAGAGGAGUUCCUGAAGUCUGUUCGCGAGACCUGGCAGAACUACUCCUUGGACCUCGUCAACUACCAGAACAAGUGCCGCCUUAUCCGUGGCUUUGAUGAUCUAUUUGCCAAGUGCAGUGAAAAUUUGAAUUCUUUGCAAGCUAUGAAACAUUCGCCUUACUAUAAAGAAUUUGAAGAAGAAGCUACUUCUUGGGAGGACAAGUUAAACCGCGUCCAUGUUCUCUUCGAUGUCUGGAUUGAUGUUCAGAGGCAGUGGGUGUACCUCGAAGGUGUUUUCACUGGCAAUGCGGAUAUCAAGCAUCUUUUGCCUCUUGAGUCAAGCCGCUUCCAAAACAUCAACUCCGAGUUUUUCGCCGUGAUGAAGAAAGUCUACAAGUCUCCCUUCAUUUUGGAUGUGCUUGCCAUCAAUGGUGUCCAGAAGUCUCUUGAGAGAUUGGCUGAAUUGCUCAACAAGAUUCAAAAAGCUCUUGGUGAAUACUUAGAACGCGAGCGUGUGUCUUUCCCUCGGUUUUACUUUGUUGGUGAUGAAGACUUGUUGGAGAUCAUUGGUAACGCCAAUGACACUUUCCGCGUUGCCAAGCACUUCAAAAAGAUGUUCGCUGGUCUGUCUGGUAUCCUCAUGGAUGACGACAACAAUAUUGUCGGAAUUACUUCCAAGGAAGGCGAAGAAGUUCGCCUGAAGCGGGAGGUCAAUCUUGUCAAGACACCCCGUAUCAAUGACUGGCUCUCCGCGCUCGAGAAUAAUAUGAAGUUGACCUUGGCAGAGCUUCUUGGCGAGGCCAUCGAGCAAUUUGAUACUCUCUACAAUGCUCCAGAGGUUGAUCGAACGGCUUUCAAUGACUUCCUGGCCAAUUACCCGGCGCAGAUUGUCGUACUUGCCAGCCAGGUCGUUUGGACCAACGCUGUGCAGAAGUCCUUGGAGGAGGAAGGAACCAAUCUCCCUGCCCUUUACGAAUCUCAGGUCAGAGUCCUUGAGUUAUUGGCUGCUACUGUACUCGGUGAGCUGGAUGCGAUUACUCGCAAGAAGUGUGAGCACAUGAUCACUGAAUUUGUUCAUCAACGUGAUACUAUUUCCAAGCUCAUCCAGUCCAACGCAACUACACCCACACACUACCUGUGGUUGUUUCAAAUGCGUUUCGUGUACCAACCGGAGGGCGAUUUCCUGCAACGCCUGUAUGUUCACAUGGCAAAUGCCAGACUCAACUACGGUUUCGAGUACCUGGGUGUUCCAGAGCGUCUUGUCCGAACUCCUCUUACAGACCGUUGUUUCCUCACCCUCACUCAAGCUCUCUGUCAGAGGCUGGGUGGUUCUCCCUAUGGUCCUGCCGGUACCGGAAAGACAGAGUCCGUUAAGGCCCUGGGUCUACAGCUUGGUCGAUUCACCUUGGUCUUCUGCUGUGACGACACCUUUGAUUUCCAGGCCAUGGGUCGUAUCUUCCUUGGUAUUUGCCAGGUCGGUGCCUGGGGUUGCUUUGACGAGUUCAACCGUUUGGAGGAGAGAAUUUUGUCUGCUGUUUCCCAGCAAAUUCAAAACAUUCAAAUUGGCCUGCGCAAAGGAGAAGAAGACGCCAAAUCCCAGAUCGAAUUGGUCGGAAGACGGUUGUCUGUCAACUCUAACACGGGUAUCUUCAUUACUAUGAACCCUGGUUAUGCAGGCCGAUCAAACUUGCCUGACAACUUGAAGAAGCUGUUCCGUAGCGUUGCUAUGUCCAAGCCUGACAAGGAACUUAUUGCUGAGGUGAUGCUGUUCUCCCAAGGUUUCAAGCAAGCCAAGCCACUGUCCAAGCAGACCGUGCCAUUCUUUGAUCAUUGCGCUUCCCAAUUGACCAAGCAAGCCCAUUAUGAUUUCGGUCUCCGUGCUUUGAAGAGUGUCCUCGUCAGCUCCGGUGGGCUUAAACGUGCUCGUCUCGCGAACUCUGAAGGGCAUCUUGGCCCCGAUGAUGUUAUUGAACCCCAGAUCAUCGUCCAGAGCUUGCGUGAGACUAUUGCUCCCAAGCUUGUGCAAGAGGAUGUCGACAAAAUGUUGGAAAUUCAAGUACAUGACUUCCCUGGUGUAGAUUAUGUGCCCGCAAACUUUGAGAAGCUUACACAAGCCAUCCGAGACAUUGCUCGCGAACAACACUUCGUGGACAGCGAGAUGUGGAUCGCCAAGGCUCUCCAAUUGUAUCAAAUUCAAAGCAUUCACCAUGGUGUCAUGAUGGUCGGAAAAUCAGGAUCUGGAAAGUCUGCUGCUUGGAAGAUUCUUCUUCAAGCCAUGCAACGCAUCGAAGGCGUGGAAGGUGUUUCCCACAUUAUUGACUCCAAGGUCAUGUCAAAGGAAGCCCUGUAUGGUAAUCUUGAUAGUACGACCCGCGAAUGGACUGAUGGUCUCUUCACUGGAAUCCUGCGAAAGAUUGUCGACAAUCUUCGAGGCGAAGACAGCAAGCGUCACUGGAUUGUAUUUGAUGGUGACGUUGACCCAGAGUGGGUUGAGAACUUGAACAGUGUUUUGGACGACAAUAAGCUUCUAACUCUACCUAACGGAGAACGUCUCAACUUGCCCUCAAAUGUUCGCAUUAUGUUCGAAGUCGAGAGUCUGAAAUAUGCCACCCUCGCCACCGUCAGUCGUUGUGGUAUGGUCUGGUUCAAUGCCGACACUGUAACUCCGUCCAUGAUGAUUUCCAAUUACGUCGAGGGCUUGAAGACCAAGACUUUCGAGGACUUAGAUGAUGAUAGUGCCCCCGCUGGAACUGCGGCUGCCAGAACCCAAGAUACGCAAGAAACACUCUCUGUUAUUCUGAAACAGCAUCUGGAGAUGGAUGACCUUGUUCACAAGUCCCUUGAAGAGGCCAAAAAUUACAAUCAUAUCAUGGACUUUACCGACAUUCGGGCUUUGAACACCCUCUUCAGCUUGUUGAACAAGGCCUGCCGCAACAUACUGGAGUACAAUGUCCAACACGUCGAUUUCCCUCUGGACCCAGAGCAGAUCGAGUCGUACAUUUCGAAGAAGCUUCUGCUCACCCUUGUCUGGUCUUUUACUGGUGACUGCCCUCUUGCCGACCGUAAAGCCUUUGGCCAGUUCGUCACUGGAAUGUCGACAAUUGACUUGCCACCAGAUGGUGACUCGUCUCUCAUUGACUUCGAUGUUACUUUGCCCAAGGCGGAGUGGAUCAACUGGCAAUCACAAGUGCCUUCAAUCGAUAUCAAUACCCAUUCGGUUACCCAAACUGACGUGAUUAUCCCUACUGUUGACACUAUACGCCACGAGGAUGUGCUUUACUCGUGGCUCGCUGAGCACAAGCCCUUGCUGCUUUGUGGUCCUCCUGGAUCCGGUAAAACCAUGACCUUGUUCGCUGCUUUGAGAAAAUUGCCCAACAUGGAGGUUGUCGGCCUCAACUUCUCCAGUGCGACCACCCCAGAUCUAUUGAUCAAGACCUUUGAGCAGUACUGCGAGUACAAGAAGACUCUCAAUGGUGUGGUGAUGUCACCUAACCAGAUCGGUCGUUGGUUGGUUAUCUUCUGCGACGAAAUUAACUUGCCUGCGCCUGAUCGGUAUGGCACACAGCGCGCCAUCUCUUUCUUGCGUCAACUGGUCGAGCAAAAUGGGUUCUGGCGGACUUCUGACAAGACCUGGGUCACCCUGGACCGCAUUCAAUUUGUUGGUGCUUGUAACCCCCCUACAGAUGCCGGUCGUACUCCAAUGGGUGAACGUUUCCUUCGUCAUGCUCCUCUUAUCAUGGUCGACUACCCUGGAGAGAUCUCUCUCAACCAGAUCUACGGCACCUUCAACUCAGCGGUGCUCAAGAUUCUGCCGUUGCUUCGUGGAUACUCCGACGCUCUCACCAAGGCAAUGGUUCAGUUCUAUCUUGAAUCGCAGGCAAGGUUUACUCCGAAGAUUCAACCUCACUACGUUUACUCCCCUCGUGAGCUGACGCGUUGGGUCCGUGGUGUCUAUGAGGCUAUCAAGCCUCUCGAAACAUUGUCGAUUGAAGGCCUUGUCCGAAUCUGGGCUCAUGAGGCUCUGCGCCUCUUCCAGGAUCGGCUUGUUGCCGAAGAUGAGAGAGCUUGGACUGCUGAUGCUAUCCGGCGCAUUGCCCUGGAACACUUCCCUACAAUUGACGACCAAGAAGCAUUGAAGGGACCUAUUCUCUUCUCGAACUGGCUCUCCAAGAACUAUGUUCCCGUCGAGCAGGAGCGCCUCCGUGAUUUCGUCAAGGCCCGUCUCAAGACCUUCUGUGAAGAAGAGGUAGAUGUUCCUCUGGUCCUGUUUAAUGAUGUUCUUGAACAUGCCUUGCGCAUUGAUCGAGUCUUCCGUCAGCCACAGGGUCAUCUCAUCUUGAUCGGUGUCAGCGGAAGUGGAAAGACAACUUUGUCUCGCUUCGUUGCUUGGAUGAAUGGUCUGAAGGUGUUCCAGAUCAAGGUUCAUGGCAAAUACUCAUCGGAGGACUUUGAUGACGAUCUUAGAAGUGUUCUUCGCCGCGCUGGCUGCAAGGGAGAGAAGAUUUGCUUUAUCAUGGACGAAGCCAACGUCCUUGACUCCGGUUUCUUGGAGCGCAUGAACACCUUGCUUGCCAACGCUGAGGUCCCCGGUCUGUUCGAGGGUGAUGAGUUCUCUUCUCUGAUGACCGCUUGUAAAGAAGGUGCCCAACGCCAAGGUCUUCUCCUUGAUUCGCAAGAGGAACUUUACAAGUGGUUUACCCAACAAAUCGUCAAAAAUCUGCACGUUGUGUUCACCAUGAAUCCGCCCGAGGACGGUCUUGGUUCUAAGGCCGCCACCAGUCCUGCCCUGUUCAAUCGUUGCGUGUUGAAUUGGAUGGGUGAUUGGUCUGACCAAGCUCUCUUCCAAGUCGGCUCCGAAUUGACUCAGUCGGUUGAUCUGGACAAACCUAACUUUGUCUCGCCUGACAGUAUUCCCGUGGCGUACCGCGAGUUGACACUCCCCGCGUCGCACAGAGACACCGUUGUGAACGCUAUGGUAUACAUCCAUCACUCGCUUCUCCGGUUUAACCAGCGCUUGCAGAAACAGCAAGGCAGGUCCACGUUCCUUACUCCCCGCCAUUACCUUGACUUUGUCGCCCAGUAUGUCAACCUCUUUAACGAAAAGCGGGAGGACCUUGAGGAGCAACAGCGUCAUUUGAAUGUUGGUCUUGAAAAACUUCGCGACACCGUAGACAAAGUCAGCGAUCUGCGUGCUAGUCUUGCCCAGAAGAAGACACAGCUGGAGAAGAAGGACACAGAAGCGAACGAGAAGCUGCAGCGCAUGGUUGCUGAUCAACAAGAAGCAGAACAGCGAAAGACAGUGUCGCUCGAGGUGCAAGCGGCGCUAGAUAAGCAAGAGAAGGAGGUAGCUGAACGCAGAGAGGUCGUCUUGCACGACCUGGCAAGAGCGGAGCCUGCUGUAGAGGAGGCUCAACGGAGUGUCAGCAACAUUAAGCGUCAGCACCUGACGGAAGUUCGAUCCAUGGGAAAUCCCCCUGCCAGUGUUCGGCUUGCACUGGAAGCUGUUUGCUCACUUCUUGGUCACAAGGUAGACAGCUGGAAGACCAUUCAAGGUCUUGUGCGACGAGAUGAUUUCAUUGCAAGCAUUGUCAACUAUGACAACGAGCGCCAAAUGACGCGCAACCACCGUGUCAAGAUGCAGAAUGAGUUCCUUUCCAAGGAAGACUUUACUUACGAGCGUGUGAACCGCGCCAGUAAGGCGUGUGGUCCCUUGGUCCAAUGGGUCGAGGCUCAAGUCAACUACUCUGCGAUCUUGGAUCGUGUUGGUCCUUUGCGUGAGGAGGUCGAUCAACUUGAAGAACAAGCCUUGCAAACCAAGGCGGAGGCGCAGACUAUUGAGAACACCAUUCAAAGUCUGGAGAGCAGUAUUGCCACCUAUAAGGCUGAGUAUGCUGCCCUUAUCAGUGAGACUCAGGCUAUCAAGACGGAGAUGUCCCGAGUCCAAUUCAAGGUCGACCGAAGUGUUCGUCUGCUCGACAGCUUGGCAUCCGAGCGUGAGCGCUGGGAAGAUGGCAGCAAAUCUUUCGAGACUCAGAUCAGCACUCUUGUUGGUGAUGUGCUCAUUGCAGCUGCUUUCCUUGCCUAUUCUGGUCUCUAUGAUCAACAAUUCCGUAAGGCGAUGAUUGAUGAUUGGGUCCACCAGCUAGCUCAGUCCGGCAUCCACUUCAAGCCACACAACCCCAUUACAGAGUACCUAUCAAAUGCCGAUGAGCGUUUGACUUGGCAAGAACACUCUCUCCCCGUCGACGAUCUUUGCACAGAAAACGCCAUCAUCUUGAAGCGAUUCAACAGAUACCCUCUCAUUGUUGAUCCUUCCGGUCGAGUCACCGAAUUCUUGCAGAAAGAAAGCAAGGAUCGCAAGCUUACCGUCACAAGCUUCUUGGACGACUCUUUCGUCAAGCAGUUGGAGAGUGCCCUGCGUUUCGGUAACCCUAUUCUUAUCCAGGAUGCAGAGUACUUGGACCCGAUCCUUAAUCACGUCCUCAACAAGGAGUACCAGAAAACUGGUGGUCGUGUGCUCAUUCAACUCGGCAAACAAGAGAUUGAUUUCUCCCCGUCCUUCAAGCUGUUCCUGUCGACUAGAGAUCCAUCCGCCUCGUUCCCGCCGGAUGUCUGCAGUCGAACCACCUUUGUCAACUUCACGGUUACACAGAGCAGUUUGCAGACACAAUCACUGAAUGAUGUUCUGAAGUUCGAGCGACCAGAUGUCGACGAACGUCGUAACAACUUGGUCAAGAUGCAAGGAGAAUUCAAAGUGCACCUUCGACAGCUCGAGAAGCGCCUCUUGCAAGCACUUAAUGAGUCCCGUGGUAAUAUUCUUGACGAUGACAACGUCAUUGAAACUCUGGAAACACUCAAGAAGGAGGCUGCUGAGAUUUCCAAGAAAAUGUCCGAGACUGAGGGUGUCAUGUCUGAAGUCGAGACUAUCACUCAGCAGUACAGCAUCAUUGCCCGAGCCUGCAGUGCUGUCUUUGCGGUUCUGGAACAGCUCCAUCACAUCAAUCAUUUCUACCAAUUUUCUCUCCAGUAUUUUGUUGACAUUUUCAACUCUGUUCUUUAUCAGAACAAGCGACUUGCACAGGAGAAGGACCAUGCUUCCCGCGUCCAGAUGAUCAUUCGAGACCUAUUCAUUACCACUUACCAACGAACCUCGCUGGGUCUUGUUCAGAAAGACCGCAUUACGUUGGCUAUCCUCCUUGCACAGGCCACCCCAUUCCCUAUGGACAGGGCCAUCCUCGACCGCAUUCUGGACGAGUCUGUUGAGGACGCAGAUCUUUCGACCACCGAGGAUGCUCGUGAACAAGUUAUGAGCAAGCUUCUCAACAUGACACUGUUCAAGGACUUCAUCCCCAAUAUUCCUCAGGAUCAAUGGGACCGAUUCUUUGGCGAAGAGCUUGCCGAGAAUGCCGUUCCAGUCGUCUGGGAAGAAAGCACUCCCAAGCUUGACCAGCUCCUUCGAUCGUUGCUCCUUGUCAAGCUUUGCCGCAUGGAUCGAUUCGUUCCCACCGCAGAGCGCUUUAUCGAAGCUGUGUUCGGCCGCGAAUUGUUCGAGGGAAGUAGUGAUCUGAAGGAUGUGGUUGACCAGGUCACUGCCACCACACCCAUUUCUCUCAGCUCCAGCCCUGGUUUCGAUGCCAGCUACAAGGUUGAUGCUCUAGUUGAAAGAACUCACGCCACCUGCGCCAACAUUGCCAUGGGUUCGAACGAAGGUCUUGAGAGUGCCGACAAGGCCAUCAGCAACGCCGCUGCCACAGGUAAUUGGGUCCUCGUCAAGAACGUCCACUUGGCGCCUUCGUGGCUGCAGAGCCUGGAGAAGAGACUGGAUUCGCUCAAGCCUCACAAGGAGUUCCGAAUCUUCCUUUCCAUGGAAUCCAGCCCCAAGAUCCCUGUCAACCUCAUUCGCGCCUCUCGUGUGCUCAUGUUCGAGCAGCCUGCCGGUGUCCGUGCCAACAUGAAGGACUCUUUGUCUUCGUUGACUACUCGUGCCAGCAAGGCGCCUGUUGAAAAGGCCCGUGUCUACCUACUGCUUUGCUUCUUCCACGCUGUGGUUCAAGAGAGACUGCGCUACGCUCCUAGUCUUGGAUGGAAGGGCUUCUGGGAAUUCAAUGACAGUGACUAUGAGUGCUCUGCUUGGAUCAUCGAUCACUGGGUCGACACUGUCGCCCAAGGCCGUUCCAAUGUUGCUCCUCAGAAGCUUCCCUGGGAAAUGAUUCGCACUCUCAUUGCCGAGAUGUACGGUGGAAAGAUCGACGACGCUGGUGACUACCAACAAUUGGAGAGCUUGGUGAACAGCUUCCUCACUCCAGCCGCCUUCGAGGAUGACUACAAGCUCGUCUCCGGCGUCGAAAAUGACGAGCUUCUUACCCUACCCACAGGCACCAGUAUUCGGGACUUCAUCGCUUGGGUUAAUAAACUUCCUGAACGUGAACCGCCUACCUACUUGGGUCUUCCCGCUAACGCCGAGAAGUUGCUGCUGGUUGGCCAUGGUCGCAAGAUGAUCUCUGAUCUAUCGCGUGUUACCACUCUCUUGGACGAGGGCGAGCAGUUGAUGGUUGAUACCUAG